GCAGCCGCCAGCGGUUGACCCUCUUCAUUUAAUUAUCAAAGUGAUGCGGUCCCGCAAAUGUCUCACGAGCAGACAGACAAGCCUUCCAAUUCCCACACGAGGCACGAGGGAGAACAAACAUACACACUUCAGCUCACACAGAAGCGGAGGGCCAUAAAGCGGAGACGAGAGGGAGGGAGACACGCGUAGCACUCAUCAGAAUGUGCGCGUCACGUCCAGCAUUGGCGUGUCGCUUCAUCGCAUGGCAUGGCAUUGCAUGCUCUCGAAUAGAGACUCCUCAUUCUCUCUUCCUCUCCUCAACUCCCGCCUUGCAGACCCAAAGUGUCGGCACACAAGGAAGACGAAAAACAACGCUUCCCAUGCAGACAGGCAGGCAGACAGGCAGGCAGACAGGCAGGCAGGCAUGACGUUACCGUCACGAUGCAAAGGGGACCAACAACACCCGUCAUUGUCUUCCUCCCUCUGUGCCCCUCCCCAGGUCAGCUGGUGACACUAGGGCAGCUCAGUUGCUGAACGAACUUUCUCCACUCAGCAGUUCUGAAAUCCACACACGUCAAAUGCCAAAAAACGUCGACAACAAAAAGCCCGGACCCCAAUUGCCGGCCUUUCUCAAGAUGUCAGGCCAGUUCUUCUUGUACGCACGCUGACAGCCCAGAGACGACCCCGCCAAGCGAGUGCAGCUCUUGAUGGCUCUCAUGCUUCUUCUCGUCCAUUUCACACUCGCCGGUGUCUUCGAAGAAGAAGAAUGUCUUGCACUUGUCGCUGUCGGCACAUGCCCCGGCGCACUCACGGAUGGCCGCCAUGUCCACAACGGGGCUCUCCCGCUCCGGCUUUGGUCUGCCCAGGUGCUCCCUCAGGCCGAUGUCGGGCUGGUAGCAGCGGCAGGGCACUGCAGAGAGGGGAGGGGACACACUCACAGCACCACUCUCCUCGUCACGAGACGACACAACCAGCGGCACUGAUUGCACCCAACAGACACGCAGAGACACCCAGCAUGGUCUGUGUUACAUUUCAUGUGGCCGUCAUACCCUUGAGUGCCUUGGAUGGCCUGAGCAGCUCACUGUCGCCCUUGACCGGCACCACCCGCACAUACAAGGCCACGUCGGUCACGUUGGCGUCGCUUUUUGUCGUCAAAGUCAUAUUCCGGGCCGCCAUGGUGUCGACCAGCUCCUGCAGUGUGACGAUCUCCUCGAAGGCGGUCUUGCUGCGCUCCAUCAGGUGCCGGCUGAGCGGCACAUCACUGUCAGCGCCGAUGUACAGCCGCCACUUGCUGAUCCCUACACAGAAGGCCAUCGAUCACUGCCUGCGUGUAGUGUCUCUGCGUGCCUACCUGUGACGCCAUUGAAUGAGAAGUGCAUGGUCCAGUCCUGCAGCCGGGCGAUCGACGGCUGGCCGCCACUCGCCUGCGUGUUGGCGUCGCUGCAGAGGAGAAGCCGCGGCCGCUCCGUUGAGAAGCCCUCCCAGCUGUGCAGCAGUGGACGAUGGCCUCGAAAGCCUUCGAACUCGCGAAUUAUCGUCGGGUUGUCGUCGUAAGUCACCUCAGUGAAGAAUGGACCAGUGGAGCCCCAACCUAUCAGCAUGGUCGGGGGGUUGCCCCUGACACAAAGACAGAAUGCGCAUUCUACGCACUGACGACAGUGUCCAAUCGCUUACUCUCCGUUGUCAACCUUCUGGACCCCUCCGCAGCACGUGCUGGUCUUUCUGCUCACACACGACGAGACGCGUCACCUAUUCUGCCGCGGGUGGACUUCAUACUUGUUCGGAUGCGGAAAGGACCAGACUUUCGUGGCCGUCAUCUUGUUCAGGUCAAGACUCAGCUCGAGUGCUCGCGAGGGUCUCCCUGCCCGCAUGCCACUUCGACUCCCAUUGUCAUACCUACAUGCCGCAUAUGGGCAUCGUCCACAGAGGACUGGCUUUUCUGCCUAUCUUUGCCAUGUCGCUGACAUGAGGAUGUUGCCGUCCGCUAGUUGCUGUGCAUGGUGUUGGCCAACGAAUGGGGGAUCCAUGUCUUCGCCGAUGAAAGUGAAGUCACUGCAUGGCAGACGCAGACAGGCGCUGCACAACACAGGCGGCUUCAUUGACGUACCUCGUGUGGCCCCCCAUGCGCCACAGGAUCUGGCCCGUCUUGCCGCUCAGUAGCACAAGUAAAUUGGCAUUGUGCACGGAGACGAUCACAUUGCCUGGAGCAGGAUGCAUUCGGGCAAUGUGUUUGCCAGUGUCCAACGUUGCUUACCGUCAGGCGUCCGCUCGGCGUUGUUCGUGUGAUACACCUGAGAAACAUACACGUUGAGAGGAAAACACGUACCCAGCUUUCCAAAGCAUUUGUACGUCCCCUCCAUCCCAUGGUGCAUCCGGCAGCAUCGGGUCGGCUCCGCCUCUGAAAUCGUCGACGGUUCGCCAUUCCAUCAACACGUUCCUGACGGGCCGCACGGAGCCGACUGCUUUGUACACGGCCAUACGCAAAACGGGCGCCUACUUGUCUGCAUCUUGAACCUGAACCACUGCGGCCACAAGGGAAUGAGUGGUCAAAACACCCUUUUGCCUGUUCGACUUACCGGUGUGUAUUGUGCGGUUGAGCGCGUUGAUCCUGGUGUAAGCCGUCACUACUGAGUUGUCGUUAUCAAAAGUAAUUGAGUGACGGUCGACUUGAUAGCCGUGACCUGUUUAAACACAUGAUGUGCGUUCAGAAAAAAAGAGACGGACAGGCUGGUCCGUAAUCAAUUACACACGUACCCAUUACAUAUCUGUCGACCACUUGAUAUGUGGCGUUCAAAAGAUAGACUGUGUCGGCAGUGUCGUUCAAUAACUGGUCCCAGUGUGCCAGAUGGCCAUUCGGCGUGACGCCAAACAUGCCGCCUCCUAAUUUGCCUUCUGAGGUCCACCACACUAAGUCGCCCUAGAUGAACACGAUGAAUGAAGACAUGCGCUGGCCACCGUCUUUUGCAUGACUGUACCUGACGUGUAGCGAUCAGGCUUUCGCCAGCUCGCCCGCGGACGCCAAAGAAAUAGAGCUCCUCGUCCCCCGUGCCAAUGUCUGCUUUCCUCCCCUCCAAGGCCGCCUUCUCCCCCUCGGCUGACGGCCUCCACUUGGCUGACCACGUCGGCAGCGUGCGGUAGCGGUCCAUCGGCGACGGCUUCUUGUCGGCCUCCUGCUCACUCUCGUUCAGCUGUCUACCAUACAUGAGCGACCAAAUCUCUUCUUCGCUGAUCGACUCGGUCUUGCCUCUGAUGUGAAAUUGCCAUUCGUGUCCGCCCGCCUCCUCCUCUCUGCCGUUGUCAGAGCGCCGCACUCGGAGGCCGGGCCGCAGCUGGACUGUGACGUUGUCGCCAGGGACGAAUGGCUUGUCAGGAUAGAAGAGCACCGUCUUGUUGUCGCGUGCAAGGACGACGCGGCCAUCCACCUUGCCGCUCUGCCGGCCCUCCACAUCAAAGAGUGUGUCGAGAUCAGUGGGGAUGACCAAAUCGCCCUCCCUGACGGGACAUACACAGACACAUCGGCGAGUGUCUCAUCUUUGCUGCACAUCUCACCUGACCGCAAUUGACGUCAGCUCCGACACGUGCAGCGCCCCUGGCCGGGGAUGCAUAUACUCGAGCUGCCCGCCGCCGUACGGACGCACAGCCCCCUCCACGAUGAACCGCCUCCGAUCAAGAGAGGCCGGCGCCAACGACGCAUUGGACGGAAUUAGGAACCUUCCCUCUCCCUCGGGUUGUGAUCCGGCUGCACAAAAAAGAGCAGUAAGCAAGAGAAAAGACACACAAGAGGAAGGCAUAGGUCCGAUGA